CAAAAUAGAAAAGAAGGUGGAACAUGGCUGAAGCUAAGGAAAUAAGAUCAGCACCAAUAACACCGAGAACAGCUUCAGUGAUGGGAACACCUGUUGUGGCAUCUCCACCUGUGUCAUGUCCACCUUCUCAGCUUCACUCUCCAUCUCUAACAAGGUCACCCCUUCUUCAAUCAGAGGAUGGAGAUGCACCACGUCCAAAAAACAAGACUCCAAAGACUCCUAGAACCCCAAGAAUCUCUUUGACUCCAAGAUUUAUCACCCCUUUGGGAAGCCCUGUGAGGAAAGCUCUGAGGCUCACAAAGCUUGAUCCUCAAGAUGCUUGGCUUCCAAUAACUGAGUCAAGGAAUGGUAACAAAUACUAUGCUGCUUUUCAUACUCUUUGUUCUGGAAUUGGAAUUCAGGCUCUUGUUCUCCCUGUCGCCUUCACUAUUCUUGGUUGGACAUGGGGAAUCAUAAGUUUGACUUUAGCGUUCAUAUGGCAACUUUACACCUUAUGGCUGCUCGUCCAUCUUCAUGAGUCAGUAGAGAACGGUGUUCGCUACAGUCGAUACCUUCAACUUUGCUUUGCUACAUUUGGUGAAAAACUUGGGAAAUUGCUAUCCUUAUUUCCAAUCUUGUACCUAUCUGCUGGGACAUGUACAACAUUGAUCAUCAUAGGAGGAUCCACAGCAAGGACAUUCUACCAGGUGGUAUGUGGUGACUCAUGCACAGCAAAACCUAUGACCACUGUGGAAUGGUACUUGGUGUUCACAUGUGUAGCUGUGGUGCUAUCACAAUUGCCCAAUUUGAAUUCAAUAGCUGGGGUAUCACUCAUUGGAGCUGUCACUGCUGUAGGGUACUGUACCUCCAUUUGGGUAGUCUCGGUGGCACAGGGUACCCUACCAGGGGUCAACUAUAAUCCUAUAAGGGCUCGAAGCAACGUUGAAAGUGCUUUUAGUGUGCUCAAUGCCCUUGGUAUCAUUGCAUUUGCCUUUAGGGGCCACAAUCUCAUCCUUGAAAUUCAGGCCACGAUGCCUUCAAGCGAGAAGCAUCCAUCACACGUGCCAAUGUGGAAAGGAGUAAAGGUUGCUUACACAGUCAUCGCUGCGUGCCUAUUUCCUUUGGCCAUUGGUGGCUACUGGGCUUAUGGCCAAAUGAUUCCUGCAAAUGGAGGAAUGCUGACAGCUCUCUACCAAUUCCACUCUCGUGAUGUGUCAAGAUUCGUGCUUGGGUUAACGAGUUUUUUUGUAGUGGUGAAUGGUUUGUGUUCAUUUCAAAUCUAUGGCAUGCCAGUGUUCGAUGACAUGGAAUCACAAUACACAAGAAGAAUGAAGAAGCCAUGCCCGUGGUGGCUUCGAUCAAUUUUCCGAGUCUUCUUUGGGUUUGUAUGCUUCUUCAUAGGAGUGGCAGUUCCAUUUUUGUCUAGCCUGGCUGGUUUGAUUGGAGGAGUGGCACUUCCAGUGACAUUGGCAUACCCAUGUUUUAUGUGGCUCAAAGCAAAGAAGCCAAAGAAGUAUAGUGUUAUGUGGUGUCUCAAUUGGUUCUUAGGGACACUGGGGAUGGGUUUGAGUGGCAUAUUGAUUGCAGCUAGUAUAUAUGUUAUUAUUGACACUGGUGUUAACGUGAGCUUUUUUGAUCCUCAGUAG